AUGACAGGAUCAAGUUUACCUUUUAUUUCACGUCGUUCUACUGUCUAUGGUACUCAUGCCAUGGUUGCUAGUUCGCAGCCUCUGGCAACUCAAGCAGGAAUUGAAAUUCUCAAAAAAGGAGGAAACGCUGCUGAUGCAGCUGUUGCUGUUGCUGCUGCCAUUAACGUAACAGAGCCCGGGUCUACUGGCAUUGGCGGUGAUGCAUUUUGCUUAUUCUAUGAUGCUAAAGCUCGCACAGUCAAAGGACUCAAUGGCUCUGGAAGGACGCCUGCGAAGCUUACCAUGGAAUUUCUAAAGAAUGAAGCCAAAUUGACAGAUGAAAACGCAUUUACCAGAAGCGUACAUGCUGUCACUGUUCCUGGUGCUGCUGCUGCCUGGGUAGAUACCGUAAGCCAUUUUGGAUCUGGCAAACUGGAUCUGUCUACCAUUCUUGAACCGGCUAUUGACUUGGCAAAGAACGGCUUUCCUGUAUCACAUAUAUCUGCAAAUGGGUGGAAAGGGGAAGUGCAAAAACUUGUUGAGAAAAAUCCAAAUCAAAAGAUCGAAUGGUUGAUUGAUAAUGAACGUGCGCCUCAAGAAGGUGAAAUAAUGAUGGUGCCUGAGCUGGCAGAAACAUUUCAACUACUUGCUAAGCAUGGAAAAGAAGGUUUCUAUGAGGGUCGUAUCGGCCGAGCCAUUGUCGAAGCUGUUCAGAGCCGAGGUGGUGUGAUGACAUUGGAAGACCUUGCUGCUCAUACGAGUGAGCUACUCGAGCCUAUCUCCCUUGACUAUCAUAACUGGACCAUUUGGGAAAUCCCUCCUAAUGGUCAAGGUAUCACUGCACUUAUUGCCCUCGGUAUCAUCGAGGCGUUGGAAGAAAGUGGUGCAGUGGAUUUUAGCAAAAUAGAACAUAACUCUGCUACAUAUGUUCAUGUUGUAACAGAAGCUUUGCGAAUUGCUUUUGCUGAUACAAGAUACUAUGUGACUGAUCCUCAAGUUCAUCAUGUUCCUACAGAGGCACUCUUGAGUAAGGAAUAUCUCAGGGAACGCGCCAAGCUUGUGGACUUGUCCCGUAGAAAUGAUGAAAUUCAAAAAGGUUAUCCUGAAGGAAACGGAAAUACGGUCUAUUUUUCAGUGGUGGACGAAGAAGGCAAUGCGUGCAGCUUUAUCAAUUCUACCUUUAUGCAUUUUGGCUCUCAUAUCAUUGCCAAGGACACAGGCGUUGUCCUGCAUAAUCGUGGCGGAAAUUUUGUGUUGAUUGAAGGACAUCCAAACUGCGUAGGUCCUAGCAAGCGGCCAUAUCAUACCAUCAUACCAUCCAUGAUAACACGCAAAACAGGAAAUGGUCAUGAACUCGAGGCGUGCUUUGGAGUCAUGGGCGCCUUUAUGCAGCCACAAGGUCAAGUACAAGUCAUCUUGAACAUGAAGCAUUAUUUGUCAAAUCCCCAGCAUGCACUUGAUCUUCCAAGAUUAUGUGUUGCACCUCCCAAGGGAACCGCAGGAGUCAGUGCAAAUGCUUAUUCAUUCACUGAAGUCACUGAUUCUGUUGUUUAUUUGGAAGAUGGUAUUGAGGAUGACGUUGUAGAAGAGCUGGAAGGAAUGGGUCAUAUCUGCUAUCGUCUAUCUGGUUACAGUCGUUCUCUGUUUGGUCGUGGUCAGAUUAUUCGCUGCAAGAUUGAUGCCAGAACCGGUCACAGAGUUUUGGCAGCUGGAAGUGAUCCAAGAGGUGAUGGUCAUGCAUCUGGUUGGUAA